AUGGCUAAACAAGAUGUAAUAUUUGAUACAGAUAUAGCUUCUGGUGGAAGUAAUAGCAGUAGCAGCAGUAAAGAUAUAUAUAAAGACAUUCAUAAACUAGAUGUAAAUCUAAAGAGACUGAUACAGUCAUGUGAGAAUCUAAUUUCAAAUUCAAAUUCAAAUAGAGAUAUGUUAUCUGUAGAAAAGUUUAUACCUGUAUUAUUUGCUAAAUAUUCACAACUUAAAGAUUUAAUAGAGAAUAAAUCAAAUCAAUUAAAUAAAAACAUACAAACAACACCAACAUUAACAUCAGCAUCGUCGUCAUCAUCAUCAACAGCAUCAUCUUUAAAUACCAACAAUGAACAAUUAGAAAAGAAUAUACCUUCAAAAGAAGCAUUAAAUGAAUACUCGAGAAAGAUAAAUGUUUUACUUGGAUUAGUUAAUCAAGAGAAAUUAAAUUCACCUAUCUCUACAAGAUUAUCAAUGAUAAGAUUACAAUCAAGUAAUAUUACACAUGGUGAGAAGAUGAAUGAAGUUCAUACUGUAAUGAAGACAAGAAACAAUGAAGAAAAGAAGAAAACAGAAUUAUUAUUAUCAUCACCUCAUCCACAACAUAAUAAUAAUAAUAAUAAUAGCAAUAAUAAUAAUAAUCAACAGCAACAACAACAACAACAGCAGUUAACAUCACCAACAUUACAUUAUCGAGCAAAAUUUCAAAAUAAAAAUAGUGAGUUGUCAAAACUAUUGGGUACGACUCAUCAAGAGGACAGACUGGACGAUCCGGAGCGUCUAAGCCAGUUGUCAUUCCAGGAUAUAACCAAUCAACAACGAAUACUCCAAGAGGACUUGGCACGUGAGAUGUCCGAUGCCGCUAUGCACCUGAAGAGUCACUCCAACAAGAUGUCGACGAUGCUCAACAGCGACAUGUCGCGUCUCGACGAACUCAAUUCACAUCUCACCAACAACCACGACAAAAUCGGCGAGGAACACGAACGUCUCAAGAAGUAUACAUCGAGCAACCGUAAAGAUACACUCAACUAUUUCCUUAUCAUCGUAUUGGUGAUGUGUCUGUUCCUCUUUACCUAUUUCUUCAUGAAGAUAACACCAGUACCAAAAUAG